AAGAAAAUAUGUGUUUUAAAUAAAGGUAAGUCCGAAUAGAGAAUUUUUUUGUAGAUAGAAACUGUAUUUUGUACUUCCUUAGAGGUCAAUACCAAUGCGGUGAUUUUGGAGCAGCCAAGCACUAGUGGGCUUCAAAAGAAGGCUAACUCUAAAGCAGACUAUAUGGAUAAUUGUACUGAUGAAAGUGUUAUAUCAGGCAGCGAAUAUUCCCCUUCCAGUGAAGAAGAUUUAGAAGAGGAUUCUGAUAACUCAAAUAUUUCUUAUUCGACGAGUCUCAUAAACAAAUAUCCGGAUGUUGAUAGAGUCAAACGUAAAAUGUUUCCGGAUAACCAAAAAAUUAAAAAGGUAAAGCUAAAAAAUGUUAAGAUUAAGAAAUAAAAAUAGAAAUUAGAAAUAAGUAUAAAUUUAAUAAAUAACUAAGAUAUUUUUAAGGUUCCGACAAGCAGCAGGGAAACCCCGGAUAGGAUUGACGUCAUUGACGAAGUGCAGGAGGAAAUACCUCGGGAAUAACGUAUAGAAGACCAUAACCAGCAAUUCCAUGUUACUGCCGAUGGAAUAAGUAAAAGAGAAAUUGUUAAACCAGUUUUAAAAAUAACUAAAAAAAGAGUCCGGAAACCUGAUAAUUGGAAACGAAAUAAAGCGGCAAAGUUAAGACAACAAGGUAAAGAAUAUAUUUCUCAAAAGACUGGUAAAGUGAUGGAAGCAAAAACAAUUAAAAGAGAUUUUCUGUGUAAAGAAAAAUGUAGAAUAAACUGUACUGAGAAAUUUAGUAUUGCAAGCAGAGAAGAAAUUCUAAGAAAAUUUUAUAAGCUAGAUACAAAUUCCAAAAAUAUUUUAAUUUUUAAAAGUAUUAAGAUGCAGGAAGUUUAUCGUCACCGCCCUCGUAAAAAUAUAAAAACGAAAGCUUACAGCUUUAAAUAUUUUAUUACGUGUGAUAAAGAAAAUACACUAGUGUGUAAAGAUGCUUUCUGCUCUUUAUACCGAAUUGGACGAAAAAAAGUCUUUAAAGCUCAAAAUGACUUAAAAUCUGGCCAGGUAAUGCCCUCACCACAUAAGCAAGGGCAUCACAAAAAUCCAAAAAAAAUAUCCGAUGAAGUAAUAAACUGCAUUGAAAAUCAUAUCAAGCAGUUUCCUUCAGAAGAAUCACAUUAUUCUAGGACUAAAAACCCACAUAAAAAAUACCUUUCCCCUUUACUAAAUAUUAACCGACUUCAUCAACUGUAUAUAGAGGAUUGUCAAACAAAAAAGCUCGAAACUAAAUAUUUCGUAAAGGCCUCUUUUUACAGACAUAUAUUUGAAACAAGGUUUAACUUAUCUUUUGGUGUACCAAAAAGUGAUACUUGCAGUUUAUGCGAUGCUGGAGAGAACUCUUUAGAGCACUCGAAUAAUUUUCAACUUACUUUUGCGCAGCAGAAAGUUGACCGCGAAGAAGUAAAAAUGUCCAAAGAAAAAUGUUACAUAACAAUGGAUCUUCAACAAACGAUGCCUUUGCCAAAGCUAUCAACGUCAAAAUCUUUUUAUUUAAGACAAAUGUGGCUAUACAACUUUGGAGUCCACUGUUUAACCAGUUCUGGUCAUAAGUCCUAUUUUUUUACAUGGACUGAGGAUAUUGCCAAUAGGGGAAGUAAUGAAAUAGCAAGUUGUUUGCUACGAUUUUGUCUGCUUCUUAAAGAAGAAAAUCCCCAAAUUGAUCAUUUAAUAAUUUGGUCAGAUCAAUGUGGGGGACAAAACAAAAACUUCUCCAUUAUUAACCUUUUUCAAUACCUAAUAUUAAAUAAAAUAUUUAAGAUCAUUGACCAUAAAUUUCCCGAAGUUGGUCACAGUUACCUUGACUCUAACAGAGACUUUGGAAGAAUAGAAAAGGUUCUUAGAAAACAUCAGAAUAUUUAUAUACCAGACCAAUAUUGGGAAAUUAUUAGAUCUGCGAGUACCAAACAAAGUGUAUGCCUUAACAUGGAACAUUUUUUUAUUGCUUUGAAACUCUACCUGCAAAACUUCAUUUAAACAAAAGACUCACUAAUAGUCUUGACCAAAAAAUAAAUUUUCGAGAUAAAGUGAAGUGGCUAAGAGUAAGUUGUUUUGGAAAAUACUUUUACAAAACUAGUUUAGAUCCGUUUAUCCCAUUUAUGGAAGUUGACUUACAAAAAAAAAGAGAACUGAUAGUACAAAGUAAUCAAGUUGUUUUACAAAAGUUACCUAAAUGCGGUGGUUUGACUUCUGAAAAAAUUUCAAAUCUACAAGAUCAAUUUAAGUUUAUUCCAGCAGAGUAUAAAUGGUAUUAUGAUAUUGUUUUAGAAGAAUGUUUGAAAAACCCUAAGAAAAAACGUAAUUCAUGUUAAAUUUAAAUGUUUCUGUGUCUUUGUUUAUAAAUUUUUAAUGUAUCUUACUUUGCUUUUGUUAAUCUGCAAAUAAAAUUUAAUUUCCAGAUUAUUUAAUAGUUUUUUUUUAUUAUUUUUUAAAAAUUUAAAUACAAC